AUGGAAUUUUUUCAAUCACCCACUUUCGCGUCGGAUGUGAAAGAUUUGAUGAAGCAGCAUCAUGUCCCGGGUCUCGCCAUUGCCAUCAUACAGGACGGUAAAAUCGACUCUACGGGAUAUGGAUAUGCGUGCCUAGAUCCUAGAAGACCUUGCACAGCAGAUACGUUGUUUGACAUUGCGUCGUCUUCCAAAUCACUCACUGCUGCAGCGGUGGGAUUGCUAGUCAACGACAAUGAAAACUUUCCCGAGGUUCAGUACGACGCCGUGAUGUCUACUCUCCUCUCCGAAGAUUUUGUCAUGUCUGGAGUGGGAUACACAGAAGGAGUCACCGUGGAGGAUAUUUUAAGUCACAGAAGCGGGCUCCCUGGCCAUAACGAUUCGUACAUGAGCGUGCGAGCGGCACGGCCAGACAAUGCUCGAUCUAUUACAAGAAAUCUCAGAAACCUUUCAGUGGCUGCCCCUAUCCGUUCAAAGUAUAUCUAUUGUAAUAUGAUGUAUACCGUGGCCACCCAUCUAGUGGAAGUCAAAAGUGGGCGGGAUUUUGGUGCAUUUCUCGAGGAGCGAAUUUUCAAGCCCCUCAACAUGUCAUCAACUAGCCUUCAACCUAGCAGUGCUCGAUUGAGAGGGUUUGAAUCCAGCAUGGCAACGGGCUAUCUUUGGAACAAAGCUGACUUCAUCUAUCGUGAUCUGGAGAGUCCAGACUGCCCAGAGGGUCAAGGUGCAGGCUCAAUUAUAACGAGUGUAAACGACUUUAUCAAAUGGGUCAAGGCUUUACUUAACCGAGAAGAUCCCAUUAACCAAAAGGUCUAUGAAGGACUCACUCGCAUGCGCGCCUUCGUGAACCCAAAUGCGACAAGACGGAAACGUUACACAUCGCCAGUGGCAUACGCUGCCGGGUUAGAUAUCUACUAUUACCGGGGACAUAUGGUUGUCGGGCAUAAUGGUGUGACUUCUGGGUGGGGGAGCCGGUUUUUCUUCCUCCCAGACUUUGAAUUCGGCUCUGUUAUUGUUGGAAACUCAGAGGGGGCGAAUUCCGUUGCGAGCAUUCUUGUCCGGAGGCUGGUCGAUAACUUUCUCGGUGUUGAGGACGACACAACCCAUCACAACACCACUAAAACCAAAACCAAAACCCCUGCUCCAUGCCGCAGUAUUAAUGUUCAGCCCAAGUCAAAAGUCAAUCAUGCAGUAAAGAAGAAUGAAGAACAUCAUAAAAGCAAAGAGAAUGGACAAAAUUCACAGUCUACUGCCCCACAGCCACAGGAGAUGUCUCUCAGCGCGUAUAUUGGCAGUUACUGGAACCCCGGCUAUCAUGAUUUGGUUGUUCAAAUCAAAGACGGUGUGCUCUUUGUCGACGCUACGGAUCGUUCAAUGGGCUUUACCCUGAAAUUUGAACAUGUCAGCAACGGGACACAAUACAAUGCCCAUCUCAGUGAUCGGCUUGAUGGCGGUGACGACUUGGUCAAAGCAGAGUUUGUCAUUGAAAAUGGUCGAGUCAUGAAACUAGGUCUGCAUUUAGAAGCAGCAUUAAAGGACAUGAUCUGGUUUGAGAGGAAAGACAUUAGUGGUUGA